UGGAUAACGUCUCCUUCAACCCGCAGCACAGACUCAUUUCUCUACACACCAGCUCUGAGUGGAUGCUCAGCAGGGGUGUUUGAGAUAUUAGCCCGCUGUGGGGGAACGGCUCAGGGACUUCUACCAUCCACAUACAAAGAGCUGGCAGUCAGGAGGAAUAUGGGCAAAUCCGAAAGCCAAAUGGAUAUCAUGGAGAAAUCAAGUAAACCUGGAAAGCGUCGUUGGACUGUUGCAGAAAUCGGUCUGUGUGUGCUGCUGUUGGUUGUCAGCUGUGCCUUGGCCGGGCUGGUAGUCCUCUACACAUCGGUUGUGAAAGAGCAAUCUAACAGGUCGAGCGUGUCAAGGAGCUCAACAGGCCAGCUGUUUCGCCUCAACAGCGUGUGCACGACGGCAGACUGUGUUACUGCAGCCGCUCGGCUCUUGCAGAACAUGGAUAUGUCUGUGAAGCCUUGUGAUAAUUUCUACCAGUACGCCUGCGGGGGCUGGCUGGAGCAACAUGUCAUCCCGGAGACGAGCUCCCGUCACAGCGUCUUUGACAUUCUGAGGGACAAGCUGGAGAUUGUCCUCAAAGGUGUUCUGGAGAUGGAAAAUAAACAGGACAGAGACGCCAUCAAGAAGGCCAAGAUCCUUUACAGCUCCUGCAUGAAUGAGAGCCUCAUAGAGCAGCGUGACUCCCAGCCCCUCCUGAAGCUCAUUGACAGUAUUGGAGGCUGGCCUGUGGCGUCAGACGACUGGAACACCACUACAGAGGAAGCGUGGAGCCUUGAGGACACACUGGCAAAGCUAACCGCUCGUUUCCACAAGAAGGUUCUGCUGGACAUGUAUGUGUGGACGGACGACCGUGACUCUCGUCGCCAUGUCAUUUAUAUUGACCAGCCGGGACUUGGAAUGCCAUCGAGAGAUUAUUACUUCAAUGAUGGAAACUACAAAAAGGUUCGCGAGGCCUACCUCCAUUUCAUGGUUUCUAUUGCGAAGAUAACCCGAGAGGACAGGAACUUGACUCAGGAUGACGACCACGUGUGGGAGGAAAUGAUGCAAGUGCUGGAGCUGGAGACAGACAUCGCCAAUGCCACAUCACCAGCAGAGGAGCGCCAAGAUGUCACUGUUCUCUACAAUAAGAUGACACUCGGAGAGCUGCAGAGCACAUUCAGCCUGAAUGGUUUCAACUGGACACGGUUUAUUCAAGGUGUGCUGUCCAGUGUGUCCAUUGAGGUCCAGCUUGAAGAGGAGGUGGUGGUGUACAGCUCUCCCUACCUUGAGAAGAUGAACGACGUUCUCUCCAGACACAAUGUCAGGACUAUUCAGAACUACCUCACCUGGCAGCUCAUCGCUGACAGAGUCAACAGCUUGAGCCGCCGUUUCAAAGACGCCAGAGCCCGUUACAGGAAGACUCUGUAUGGCACCACUGUGGGGGACGCUUGGUGGCGAGAAUGUGUCCGUUACGUCCAGAGCAGCAUGGAGAACGCAGUCGGAGCUCUGUAUGUGCGUGAGACCUUUGCUGGAGAAAGCAAACAAAUGGUCAGUGACCUCAUCAGUAAGAUCCAGAAAGCGUAUGUGGAGACACUGGAGGAGUUAAGCUGGAUGGACGCUCCCUCAAAGGAGAAGGCAAGAGAGAAGGCCAUGGCAAUCAAGGAGCAUAUCGGCUACCCAGAUCAUAUUCUGCAGGAAAGCAACCAGAAGCUCGACCAGGAGUACGCUCACCUUAAUUUUAGUGAAGAACACUACUUUGAGAACAUCCUGGAGAACCUCAAAUCUGAAGCACACAAGAGUCUGAAGAAGCUCAGAGAACCAGUUGACCCAGACCUGUGGAUCAUCGGCGCUGCUGUGGUGAAUGCAUUCUACUCACCCAACAGAAACCAGAUAGUGUUUCCAGCUGGUAUCCUGCAGCCGCCAUUCUUCAGUAAACAGCAGCACCAGGCCCUUAACUUCGGCGGAAUAGGAAUGGUUAUCGGACAUGAGAUCACGCAUGGAUUUGAUGACAAUGGGCGUAAUUUUGACAAGGAUGGUAAUAUGCUGAACUGGUGGAGUAAUUACUCUGCCGAGCAUUUUAAAGAGCAGUCACAGUGCAUGGUGCAACAAUAUGGCAACUUCAACUGGAAGCUAGCAGGCGGACAGAACGUCAGUGGAAUCAGCACUUUGGGGGAGAACAUUGCAGACAACGGAGGGGUUCGUCAAGCAUACAAGGCUUAUCUGAAGUGGGUGGAGAUGGAGGGUGAGGAGCCUCGUCUCCCUGGUCUAGACAUGGAUCACAGGCAACUUUUCUUUCUUAACUUUGCCCAAGUGUGGUGCGGUGCUUAUCGGCCUGAGUAUGCCAGCCAGUCCAUCAAGACUGACUCACACAGUCCCUUAGAAUACAGGGUCCUUGGCUCACUCCAGAAUUUCGAAGCGUUCUCAGAGGCUUUCCAGUGCCAGAAAGGCAGUCCAAUGAACCCCGAGCUCAAGUGUCGCGUCUGGUAGAAAGCUAUCCCCUUGAGAUAUUAAUGUCUUGACAUGGGCAACUCAAAUCAAAAGAACAAGUUGUACUUCUUGAACCCACAGAGACAUCCCGCUUUUUCCUAUUUAUUUGGGACAGAGGGAUGACACAGAUAUUUGCAGAUGUAUUCAAAAUGGAAGACAUCCCGGACUACACACCCCAGUUUCAAACCUCGCACACGUAUAUACUACAAAAAAGAAACUCGCUCGAGUGUCCUCUGAAGUUUGAAGUGUUGUUUCUGGAUGAGAUGGUCACUUGUUCUUUUUUUUGCUGUGUCCCACGGCAGAUUUACGAGUGGGUACAUGAAUAAAAAGGCUUCGUAGAAAACUAACACCUUGUGAAAAGGUGAAAGCUUGUGCGGCUGGCUGUAAGCGCUUCACCAGCCUUUUCUUGAAUUAAUCCUUAAAAAAUAUCUUGUGCAGAUCUUUGUGAUUUAUCCAGUUAUCAUCUGGCACUGAGUUGCCUCGGUGUCUUUCCUCUGAUGUAUUGUUUUCAAGACAUUGCGCCGCUUCAGAAGCGACAACAGUGAACAAAUCUGAGUCUGAGCGAAGAGCACCAAGCAAAUGAAAGCUUGGGGCUUUGCUGAAGUAAAGCUACAGUAGUAUUAGUCACACUCCGAGAGUUUGGUCAUUCACUGUUACAUGAAACAAAUUAUCUAAAGACUUUAAGACUGUUAAAUCUUUGCAGCUUUAACCUUAAAUUAACACUCUGAGAGAGCUGCUGCUUUCAACAUUUUUACACUUACAGAGUGGAUAAAUAUUUAACAUUUACAAAGUUAUUUAGUUUUUUUUUGCUUUUUGGAAGUUACUUUAUCACACUCUGCUGAUGAUUGUUGCUCAGUACUCACUGCAGAAAUGUAUAUGUAUGUCAUGACAGUUUGCUGUAAGGAACCGUAUUCCAGAUGUUUUGAAAAAUAUCGCUGGCCUACUACUUUUAGCUAGUGAGGAACAGCUGUCGGAGAGUGAUGUGAUAAUGAUGAAAAAAAAAUGAAGUCUAUCACUUUAUUGCAUUGUUUGUGACUGCCGAGUUUAGGAACAGGUUUGGAUAUACACGCGGUUGCUAAUCACAGCUGUGUUGAGUGCUUGAAGCUCGCUCCCUCUCACACUUUCCACCUUUCACAUGAUCUCUAGAGGCUCCCGAGUGUUCAUACAGGGCUUUGUAGAUGCAUUUAUUCAAAAUUCUAGCAUCUGCUUGUUUGAUAUCUGUUUACAAUUAACUCGACAUGCAGAUUGAUUUGUAGAAGCUUUUCCCUUCACUGCAUGAUCUGCUGAGAGGAGGCGUGAACACACAAGACUUCGCCUCAAGGCAUAGCCAAUUACAUGCUAAAGGGGGGGGGGGGACCCCCUCAGAUGCACUCACACAUGGACAAGCAGCAGAUGGAGUGGCUUGAUCCCUGAUCUCGCAUUGAUCAGCACCGUGUAAGAUGAAAGGAUGAAGUGCGGUGUGCUGAAGCGCGGUGGCCGCCGUAGCCGAACCGCUGAAGAGUGGAGCUCGUCAUUAAAGAGAUGGCCAGGGCAGGACUGUUAUUUUCUACUUUUAUUAACAAGUAAUGACAGGAGAAUCAAAGCAGAGCAGAGCUCACAAGAGAGAAUGGAGGCAGCGGCUGCAGGUUGUUUUCUGUGCUUUCGAACACAGCAGAAAACACACACACACACAGCUGGAUUUGAAUGUUUGCUCGUCAUUGGCCACAUUCAGGAUGCCUUGGUAAACCGAACACGACUUUUUAUUGAACUGAAUGUGCAUAUUGAAGCUUUACACUCUCAGUCUGUCUCUCAGUCUUCACAUACUGGCAAAUACUGUUGUGUUUAGCGAGGGGAGGAUACGUUAACGAAAGACUGUUUUACCCAGAAUGCAAGUGCUGAUAGUUAAACAUUUUGAGAAAUACACACUUAUUUGCUUUUUCUGGUGGAGAGUUAGAUGGAAAAAUUGAUACCACGCUCAUGUUUCUGUGUUAGAUGUAACUAUAACCAACAGCUGGUUAGCUUAGCUUAGCAUUAAGACUGGAAACGGGGGGAAACAGCAAGUCUGGCUCGGCCCAACAGUGACAAAAUGUGCCUUUUAGCACCUUUAACCAAGGGAUUAUAUACUGAACUAAAUCUUGGUGGGGACCAGGAACUCAUACUUACUUUUGUGCAGAUUAAUCCGAUAAAGCCAGGCUAACUGUUUCCCCCUUUUUUCAGUCUUUGUGCUAAACUAAGCUAAGCUAAGCUAACAACCGUUUACUGUAGCUUUGCAUUUAACAGACAAGCAGGAGAGCGGUAUCACUCUUCUCAUCUCGCUCUUCCCCAGAAAGCAAAGAAGCAUAUUUCCCCAACUGUCAAACUAUUCCUUUAACCAACAAGGCACAUUUAUCACGUCUGGUUCAGAGAAAAGCUGGAGGAUGAAUCAUGAGCUAUGGUGCAACGUGGGGCUGAUGUCUGAAGGGCAGCUUAGACUCUUGUGUAUUUUGUCUGGUUUUCCUCAAAGUGAGUGAAACAGUUGAACACUGUUGACUGAACACAAAGGAUAUAUAAUAUACAAUGUGUUAUUGUAGAUACUCGAUGUUCUAUACUGCAGUAUUUACAUAUAAAGGAUUUCCAUCAGGUAAGAAAGAGAGCGUACAUUUCUUACCUUAGUUCUAGCUUCACAUUUACUUACAUGGUGAAAUUGUGUCGUUUUGAAAUUACCAGCCAAGUACAAAUACAUUUUUGUUAUAUAUGAACAUGUUUCAUGUGUAUACCAAUCAGAGGAGUUUAUUUAUCUACAUGAAUAUUUAUGAAAUACAUUGUUGCUUGACAAGAACAAAGACGUUAAAGAUGUUUAUGAAUGUUCCUGCUGCUAUGUAAUUAUCUAGAUUGCCAUUAAAGUGACUGUCUC